GCUCCGCCGCUGCCGCCGCCGCCGCGGGCUCCGUGAGUGAGGAAGCGCCUCGGUCAGGCCUGCUGAGGGCCCUCGCCGACGCCUGGGCUCACCCGCCUCCCCGCCAGCUCCGCUCGCUUCCCGUCCCCCGCGGCCCGGCGUGGGGCAGGCCUGCCGGAGCCAUGGAGGACGAGGUGGUUCGCAUUGCCAAGAAGAUGGACAAGAUGGUGCAGAAGAAGAACGCGGCUGGAGCAUUGGAUUUACUGAAGGAGCUUAAGAAUAUUCCCAUGACCUUGGAAUUAUUACAGUCCACAAGAAUCGGAAUGUCAGUGAAUGCUAUUCGCAAGCAGAGCACAGAUGAAGAAGUUACAUCUUUAGCAAAGUCCCUCAUCAAAUCCUGGAAAAAGUUAUUAGAUGGACCAUCAACAGAUAAAGACUCUGAAGAAAAGAAAAAAGAUACUGCAGUUACUUCACAGAAUAGCCCUGAAGCAAGAGAAGAAAGUAGCUCCAGUGGCAACGUAAGCAGCAGAAAGGAUGAGACAAAUGCCCGAGACACUUACGUUUCAUCUUUUCCUCGGGCACCAAGCACUUCUGAUUCUGUGCGGUUAAAGUGUAGGGAGAUGCUCGCUGCGGCUCUCCGAACGGGAGAUGACUACAUCGCUAUUGGAGCUGAUGAGGAAGAAUUAGGAUCUCAAAUCGAGGAAGCUAUCUAUCAAGAAAUAAGGAAUACGGACAUGAAAUACAAAAAUAGAGUACGAAGUAGGAUAUCAAAUCUUAAGGAUGCUAAGAAUCCAAAUUUAAGGAAAAAUGUGCUGUGUGGGAAUAUUCCUCCUGACUUAUUUGCUAGAAUGACGGCAGAGGAGAUGGCCAGCGAUGAGCUCAAAGAGAUGCGGAAAAACUUGACCAAAGAAGCCAUCAGAGAGCAUCAGAUGGCCAAGACAGGUGGGACCCAGACGGACUUGUUCACAUGUGGCAAAUGCAAGAAGAAGAACUGCACUUACACACAGGUCCAAACGCGGAGUGCUGAUGAACCGAUGACAACGUUUGUUGUCUGCAACGAGUGUGGAAACCGGUGGAAGUUCUGUUGAGUUGGAAGAAUUGGCAAAACGCCUGGACCAUUAAGAAAAUGGAUUUUGUAAUUAGCUUUAAGACUAGGCCAACCAACUAGUUUUCCUGCAAAUCGGAUUUUUAAAGUAACAUAUAGUCCUUGGGUUAGUCUCUGUUUUUGACAUAGGAUCCCUUCCUUAAAUGCCUUCUGUAGUUUCAGAGCAGUAAGGAGACCACAUAAUAAUUGUAUGGUAUCUGUUUCAAAACUUUUUUUUUUCCAUUUUUAUAAGUAAGUUGAUAUUAAACUUUUGGCAGUUUAUUUUUACCUUUUUUUUUCCUUCUUAAAGGAAAAUGUACCUUAACUUUUUUACAAUCUGAAACAUACACAGUAAAACUGUUAUUCUUCUCAGUUAAUACACAAAUGGAAAUUACAUUUUUUUCCUAUAUUGGCAUGUACCUGCAAAUAUUAAAAGAGGAGAAGAGGUAAUGUAAUUAUAAGUUUAUCAAACAUGGUGUGUAUUCAGAUAAUACUUGACCAGCUUAUCUAAAUUGUACAUAAUAUUUCAACUAGCAUAUGAAAUUGAUUUUAAUUAUUAUGUUCACAAGUCUGGGAUAAUUAGUUAUUAUUUUGCAUUUGUAACUAACUGUGAUCCUUAUUUCUUGUAAUUUCUUGUACAUGUUUAUUGUUCGUAAUAGAUUUUACUUUUGGAAACAUGACUUGACUUUGUUGAAAUCAGUUUGGUUUGUUGUUUAUUUACCUGUUUGACUUUGUAGUGUAUUUUACUUUUGCAGAACACUGUUGUAGUUUAGUAGGCUUUUCCUGAAUCCCAGCUCAGGCAAAGAAUGAAAACUUUUGACCGUUUUUUCAUUUUGUAAGAAGACAUACUGGGAAGAAAAUGUUAGCAUUUUAGGAUAGUGUUGUUCUUA